CGCAGACGAUAGCGAUGGAGAGAUCCAGUGGUACUGGUCAAGCACAAAGUGCGUUGCUUGAACUAUCCCUUGGUCAUGCCAUUCCUUGGUCUGCUCGCCGGGAAUCAGUGUCUGCGAGCCCUAUGUGUGGUCGGUGGUGCGGGUGCGGGAAGGGAGGGAAAAGCAAAGGGCCUCAGUAAUUUUUGGCUGUUUUUCUGCCAGAGAGCGGCGGGGGGGGAGGGGAGGGGAGGGAGGAAAGAGACUGACUGUGGACGAGUAUUGUGGGGGGAGACAGAGAUGGGAACUGCGCUUUCGAAUCUAUUUGUGGAUCCCAAGGAGUUGCCGCAAGAUGGCAACGGUAUGGUGCAGCUUGUGUUUCUUAUGGCGGUGUACGGCUACGUGCUCUUCACCUCGUCGAACAUGAUUUCUGACGGGUCCGAGCUGCUGCUUCUUGUGCCCUCGCUGGCAGGCAUUGUAGGAUCGGUGGUGCUACCGAUUUUGGGUGCGGUGCCCGAUGGGGCGAUUGUGCUGUUUUCCGGGCUGGGGCCUGACGCGCAGAAGCAGCUCUCUGUGGGCGUGGGCGCACUUGCGGGCUCGACGAUCAUGCUCCUCACCAUUCCAUGGUUCCUCUCGAUUCUUGCGGGCCGGGUCUCGCUCGACCGCAACGGCAAGGGUGCGUACAAGGCGCCUGCAGGCGCCAAGCUUUCGCCGCCGGGCUCGAUGAGCCUGACGCGGACUGGCGUCAACUGUGGGCCGUCGAUUGCCAUUGCAGGCAAGAUCAUGGUGAUUACGUCGCUGGCAUACAUCAUCAUCCAGGGCCCUGCGUUUGGGCUCUCGUGCGGGCUGAAGAGUGACGACAACAAGUGCAAGUCCAAGGGCGAGCGGUGGUGGGCGUUUGCGGGCCUCAUCUAUGCCUUCCUCUCGUUUGUGGGCUACCUGUGGUACCAGGUCAAGACCUCGGACGACGAGCAGUCCAAGGACAAGGUGGAUGCAACGCGGAAGAAGGCCAUUCAGGCUUCGAUGAUCUCACUGUCGGGCGCGUUUGCGCAGGAGCUGGAGAUGAUGUCGCAGCCGAACUCUGCCGGCACGGCACUGCUGAGCGAGACGAACCGCGGCGACCGGCUGCGGUCGACGCUCAAGACAUUCUUCAACAAGUACGAUCGCGACGGCAACGGCUCGAUCGACUCGAGCGAGCUGAUUCUGCUGCUCUCGGACCUAGGCGAGAAGCCGACGAACGACGAGGUUGCUGACAUGAUGACCGAGCUGGACACGGACAACGAUGGGACCAUCGACUUUGAGGAGUUUGCGGUGGGCUGCCUCAAGCUCAUCCAGCGGCGGACGGAUGGCGACCAUGCGUCGGCUGCCGAGCGCGGGCAGAUGCGGGUGACCGGAGCCAUUAACGAGGUCCACGACGCCAUUGGCGACUCGGACGACGACGACUCGGAGGAAGAGGAGAUGCCUGAGGACCUGCGGACGCUCUCGCCGGAGGAGCAGCAGCGCAAGAUCAAGAUGCGGUCGGCAUGGCUCAUGGGUCUCGGCACCGUCCUCGUCCUGCUCUUCUCCGACCCGAUGGUCGACGUGCUGUCAGAGUUUGGCGCGCGGACCCACAUUCCGCCGUUCUACAUUUCGUUUGUGCUUGCCCCGCUGGCGUCGAACGCAUCCGAGCUCAUUGCCGCCUUUAACUAUGCUGCCAAGAAGACCAAGAAGACCAUCACCAUCUCGCUCUCGACCCUCCUCGGUGCGGCGUGCAUGAACAACUCGUUCUGCCUCGCCAUCUUCCUCGCCAUUGUCUGGGCCCGCUCGCUCAAGUGGAUCUACUCGGCCGAGACCAUCUCCAUUGUCGGCGUCCAGCUCAUCAUGGCGUUCUUUGCAUUCAAGAAGACCCACACCCUGCUCUCGGGCAUUGUUGUCCUCACUCUCUACCCGCUCUCCAUCAUUGCCGUCUGGGGCAUCGAGCGCGCCGGCCUCAACUAAAAGUCGUUGCGCCACCA